ACCAAUUGAUUCUUUUCAAUUUUGUUUCUCCUCUUUGCUUUCUUAUGGUUUUCUUCAUUUUCUUACUUGCCUCUGUUUGUUUUUCACAAUUUUCUGCCAAAUACGCCUCUUUGCUGAAUUUUAACUUUGAAAAUGCUGGAUAUUUCAAUUGUUUACUAUUGCAACAUGUAGAGUAGCAAUUACCACUCAUAUGACCUAACUCGUAUGCUUUAUAUAAUUUCUUGCGGUGGUUCAAAUGAGAAAAAGGAUUUCUUUGGACAGGCCUUUCGUUUUGCAUUGUUUUUUUUUGCAAAUUGGAAUGUGUUUCUAGCUUCAAGUUGUUUGCUUUGCUUUGAUUAUUAAGAUUUGUUCGUGGGGAUUAUGAUAAUUGCAGAAUUUCGUCAUUUCACUCUGUUUCACUUGCUGUUGAAGAUCAUGGUCUCUGAGGUUCCUUCAAAGUCGGUUGUUGAAACUGAUGCUACAGUCGUGGCAUCGGUUUCUAGGAAUUGUCCUGGUAAAAAAAAUCAGGUGAAAGUUCCUAAAAAAAUUCACAAGGCUGAGAGGGAGAAGUUGAAGCGAGAGCAUUUAAACGAUCUCUUCCUUGACCUCGCAAAUGCACUUGAGCUGACAGAACCGAAUAAUGGGAAGGCAUCUAUAUUGUGUGAAGCAAGUCGGUUGCUGAAAGACUUGUUUGGUCAGAUUGAGUGCCUUAGAAAGGAGCAUGCGUCGUUGUUGUCAGAAUCUCGAUACGUCGACAUUGAAAAGAAUGAGCUGCGAGAAGAGACUUCUACUUUAGCAUCUCAGAUUGAGAAACUACAAAGUGAGUUACAAUCAAGGGCUGUACACUCUAAACCUGACUUAAACAUUGCCCCCCCACCUGCAGAGUUUCUGCAACAAGGGACGACAGUACCACAUUUCUCAGGGGAAUGCCUUGGAUUGCCUGUUAUGGAACCUACAUUGCAGCAAACACAUACCGUCUUUAUCGUUCCUGUGCGACCAGAUCUCCCAUCUUAUCCAGCAAGGGAUGCAGCUCAUGCCCCGACAAUGCCUACCUCACAUGUAAGCAAACCACAUGCCAGAUAUCCAACACCAGCAGAUUCAUGGCCUGCUGGAAUUCUCAAAUCGUCACAAACAGAAGCAAGUAAAGAGUUUUAGCCAUUGGUUGCAAGAGCAUUGCAGAUAUGGGAGGAAAAGGAUCUGACAGAAGUCAGAGCUGGUUGAUGUAGUGACCUCUUUUGUUUUUAUAAAACAGAUGCCCUCAGCAGACAGAUGAUUGUAGUAUAAGUUAAAAAUGGCUGAUGGCUAACCUGUGUUUUAGGAUCUGUCUAUUAGUAGGACGUUAGAUUCGAACAACGUUCGGGACUUAGAAUCUUUAGUUAUUUACCCCGUAACAAGUUAAUGAAUCAGCAGUUUGGUUCCCACCUUUCUCCCCCCUCCAAAAAAGAAACCACUGCUUCAUUCCCCUGAUUUUCAAGACCGUUCAACCUGGAUAUUUGUAGAAAUCUACUAAGUUAUGAAAUGAAAAAGAGAUUGGAAUGCUGUGAACAAAAUUGCUCAGAUCUUAGGAUCUUUGGGGAAUACGAGGCUGACCACCAGUUUCACUUUGCUUGGAGCUCUUGGAAUUUUCUCAGUCAAGCUCAAAAACAUUUUGGGAAUCUGAGACAAAAAGAAGCAGUAGUGUGCGUUCGAGAAGGCUUCACUUUACCUCCUUUGUCAUUACGUGGAAACUUUUGUUUGGUGGACCCUCAGCUUUCAGCGCUCCCAAAGUACCAAAUAAAGAACACUUCUUAGCCUCUCAAGUAUUGAAAUAUUGAGAUUCAUAUUCCUUAUGGUCAUCCUUUCUUGAGUUAUUUUAUCUGUAAAGUGGUUGUGUCAAUUUGGAACCUUUGGUAGUAAUAACAUUUUUUUUAAGAUUGAACA